AUGAACGCAAGCAGCAAAUCUAGCAAAGGUGGCCGAGCUACCAAGAAAGCUAGUGUACGGGUCACUUAUCACCAGGCAAGAAUGAGCGAAAAGUUAUCAUAUUCCACCGUCUACACCUUCCAACUCCACACUAGGAGAGCAGAAGCCGACCAAGGGAUUCAGAAUCGAGGAGGGAGGAAGGCGACAGACCCGAACGAUCUGAUUAAAGCGGCGUUGCAGGAUGGGCUCACUGAGGAAAAAUCUGAGAUUGACGAUAAACCCGUCCGCAGAAAGCUUAGUGAUACCACUGAGCCGCGACCCGUGCGACAUGAAAACAGUGAAGCAUUUCACCGAGACCGUCUCACGGUCAACCAAGUGGCGGUUAGAUAA